CUGAGCGCAUAUGACGUGAGCGCGCACGCAUAUGCAGAUGUGGACGUCGGCGCGCAUCUUCUCAACGUAUGUUUUUUGACUCGCGAGCCGCUUCGCGCGCGCAUGAUGCGAGCCGUCGGCUGUCGGUUUUUUGGACCCGCUCAAAAGAAAACGUGCGUGCGUUGCGAUUCAGUGUGGACGGUGAAAUUGACGUGUUUAGUAAUUUUCAACGUGCGUGCCUCGUGUUGUAAAAGUUUGUUUAGUUUACAUUAGCCAUUACGACGGAUCAUAGCAGAAUUAACAAUAUGGAAUGGAGUAACGACAAAUGUUUGGAGCUAAUCGACAUCUACGAAAAGUAUCCUGUGUUGUGGGAGCCCAAGCAUAAAUUUUAUUUUUCGAAAACAAAGAAAAAUGAUGCGUGGGACGAAAUCUCCAAAAUAAUGAAUGUGGAUGCCAAAACGGUGAAAAUAAAAAUGAAUAGUCUGCUAGGCUCCUUCCGCAGUCAGAAAAGCAAAGGAAAAAAAACUAUUGGUACCGGAAAAGCACGUCAAGAAGUGUACAUAUCGAAAUGGUUUGCGUUUGAAAGGAUGCAUUUUUUGCUUGACCGAGACGCUCCCCGAGAUACACUGGACACAGAAAAAGAUUUGGAUACCGAAGGUAGUGGAGAAGAAAAUGGCGAAAUGGAUCUGUCUUCCGUUCCGGUGGAGGACGAUAGUGAGGUGGUCAUCAGGGAAGAUGAAGACGAAGUACAAGUAGAUGAGACACAAGAAAAAGAAAAUGCAAAACAUGCUAAACCCCCGGCCAAGAAAAAACCAAAAAAACAACAUCACGAAGAGAGUAACUCCUUAUCUAAAGAAGCUCUUCGAAUUUUGCAGGACACGCACACUCGCUAUCUUGCGAAACAAAACCAAGACCCGCUGCAAGAUCGCUUUUCUAUAUAUGGCCAACAUGUAGCUAAUAAGCUAAGAGGAUAUUCAAAAAGGUGCCAUGCUAUAGUCGAGCAUGAAAUCAACAAUGUGCUCUUCAAAGCGGACAUGGGAGAAUAUGACACUUUUUCGACAAAUGUUGCACCUGGGCCUUCUUCUGAUAGCAGUUCUGCUACAAUUUAUAAUUCAACGCCAGGCCCAUCUUCGGCGGGUUCCUACGUUUCGUACGUAGACUUUCCCGAUACUUCACAAAAUUUUCUGAAUUUGUAA